AUGGCUGUUGACGUGGUCGCCGACUCUGAGCGACUUGGUCUGCGGCUGCCCAACCCGCCGCCGCUGUUGCAUACCCGCGGCGAGUCCUUCGAUCGCCCCUCCACCCCCGCCGAACAUGGCUUCACCAGUCCAACACAAACCCCCCAGGGGAGCCCCAGUAAAUCCAGGCCGCCACCAGGAUCGUUGGAUCUCCCAAAUGUCUUCGACAAGGCGCUCAAGUUGACACCAACUUCCCCCAACAAAUCCACUCACAACUACCUCCACCACCCCAUGUUUACCCCCGACAAGAGCCAGCCCGAGACCUUCACCGAGAGCGUCAUUCACCAGCGACCUUCCAGUCCCAGUCGCAGCAGCAAGGCCAAUAAAGAAAACACACCUCCGACCAGCACACGACUGCCCAAGGACCUCGGCUCUAAGCCCACCGCGGCGGCCAUCUCACGCCAUGAGCCGUACCAACAGCGCGAAGCCGAUACCUCCAAGCGCCAGGUUCAACUGCGCGGGCUUACCCCGGAGGAAUUGGAAAAAUUGCAGCAGCCGCGCGUCAAGCGACUGGUCAACGUGACUCAACUUUACUUCCUCGACCACUACUUUGAUCUUCUCAGUUACGUCCAUAAUCGGCAAACCCGACACGCCCAAUUCAAAGCUGCGUACCCCGAGCCCCCCACGACGCCCAACAAGGAAUAUGAACCCGCUCUGUUGAAGUAUCUCGGUCGUGAGCGCGCACACUUGCGCAAGCGGCGCACGCGUCUCCGUCAACAUGAUUUCCAGAUCCUGACUCAGGUGGGCCAAGGAGGAUACGGACAGGUCUAUCUGGCACAGAAAAAAGACACGCGCGAGGUCUGCGCCCUCAAGGUGAUGAGCAAGCGACUCCUCUUCAAGCUCGACGAGAUUCGACAUAUCUUGACGGAGCGCGAUAUUCUCACGGCGGCCAAGAGCGAAUGGCUUGUGCGACUCUUGUACGCCUUCCAAGAUGACGACCAGAUCUACUUGGCCAUGGAGUAUGUGCCGGGCGGCGAUUUCCGGACUCUCCUCAACAACACGGGCGUCCUGCACAACCGACACGCUCGAUUUUACAUUGCGGAGAUGUUCAGUUGUGUGGACGCCUUGCAUCAGCUAGGCUACAUCCAUCGCGAUCUCAAGCCGGAAAACUUCUUGAUCGAUUCGACCGGCCAUGUCAAACUGACCGACUUUGGUCUGGCGGCGGGGAUGCUGAGUCCGGGCAAGAUUGAAUCGAUGCGGGUCAAACUGGAAGAGGUCGGCAAUACCCCCGUUCCCUUUGGUCGACCCAUGGAACAGCGAACCAUGGCCGAGCGCCGUCAGGGGUAUCGUUCGCUCCGGGAGCGCGAGGUUAAUUAUGCCAAGUCCAUCGUUGGGUCCCCCGAUUACAUGGCUCCCGAGGUGUUGAAGGGGGACGAGUACGACUUUACGGUGGACUAUUGGAGUUUGGGCUGCAUGCUCUUCGAGGCUCUGGCGGGCUACCCUCCCUUCGCGGGCGCGACCGUCGACGAGACCUGGCAGAACCUGAAGCGAUGGCAAAAGGUCCUUCGAAAGCCCGUGUACGAAGAUCCUAACUAUUUCCUGUCGCGACGCACGUGGGACCUGAUCACGACCCUGGUGGCCGCCAAGGAGACCCGAUUCAAGAACAUUCAGGAAAUCCACGCGCACGACUAUUUUGCCGAGGUCGACUUUGCCCGACUGCGCGAACAGCGGGCGCCAUUCGUUCCGGAGCUGGACUCGGAGACGGAUGCCGGCUACUUUGACGACUUCAACAACGAUGCUGAUAUGGCCAAAUACAAGGAGGUGUACGACAAGCAGCGUGCGCUUGAAGAGAUGGCCGAGCGGGAUGAGAAGAUGAACAAGGGCUUGUUUGUUGGAUUUACCUUCCGGCACCGUAAGCCGGCAGUCGACGGCAAUGGGCGCAGCUCGCCUCGCAAACCGAUCGCGACGGACGGAUCCUUUGGGACUAUUUUCUGA